GCCAGGAAGCAAGUGUAUUUUGGAAACAAUGCCGUGUGGGGCUCGCGGCGGCGGCGGCGCCUGCGGUUUCAGCCUGGGGACUUUCCGGCUCCCGCUCUGUCCACCGGGCGCUGCGGUUGGCGCUGCAGUAGCACCCGCAGCAGAUCCGACGAGUCCUGCGUCCCGUUUUUGAGGGGGCACCGGUUCCUCCCUCCCUCUGCCCCCCCUCCCGUCCCCACCGGUCUCGGCUUCUCUCUCCAGCGUCCGGUCCUUAUUCGCAAAGCCCGCAACAGCGAUCUCGCCCGAAAGUGGGGCAGCAGGUGGAAUGGAUCCCCCUGACUUCUCCAACAUGGAUGCGCUGGAUGAUGAUGUGUUCCACUCUGAUGACUGUGAACUUGCUGGUCGGCCCCGUGAGAUGACCUUUCCUAGCCUUUUCACUCAGAGCAAAUCUUACAAGUGCCUCCUAGGGAGAUUCCAGCUCUUCCCACUUACACACUGCUGUGGCCCUGGUACCAGGCCAGCCAAGCAACAAGACAAGGCAACUCAAACCCUCCACCCAUCCUCUUCUAGCCAGGAUGUCAUGUUACCUUGUGGGGUUGUGGAAGAGCCCCAAAGACUCUUCUAUGGAAAUGCUGGAUACCGUUUACAUGUCAACCCAAUUGGUUUCUUAUUGAAUCCACGCCUCCAGGAGGAACCUCAAGGAAGUCCACAGGAACUGCGUACUGAAGUUCAGAUUGCGCGGAAGUUACAGUGCAUUGCAGACCAGUUCCACAGGCUUCACCUACAGAGGCACCAGCAGAACAGAAAUCAAGUUUGGUGGCAGAUUCUCCUCUUCCUUCACAACAUGGCCUUGAACAUGGAGGUGAACAGACCCCGCACAGGUCGGAGGUGAGACCUGCCGCACCUCAUCUGAGUUCUAUCCAGUUUGCUGGGAACACUGAACAAAGCCAGAGCAGAAAUUUUUAAUGCCACUGGACAAAAUGUGAGGUUCCUGGGAUAAGAAGGAUCCUUGUUGUUCUGCAAAAGACUUGUUUCACAAGGACUUGCUUUCUGUUUUUGUUGGCUUCCUGUCUUCUGAUGUGGGGAGCUUUGGUCCAACACUGUGGAAGAAAAAUCCUCCUCUGAUAUGUCUGCUGUUUGCAAUCUAAGUCCUCAUAUAGGAAAGCUUCGGUUUUAGCUAGGAAUGGCUAUCCAGCGUUUUGUAACGUUGGUUUCUGGUUAUGUUCUAAGGCUGAUGAGUUGAAAAGUGGUUUGUGCAACUUCCACAGGAGACACGUGCUUCCUAAUGGGAAAGUUUGGAAGUAACUUUCUACUCAGAAAGAACAAUGAAAUGUAUCAUAGAUUUACAUCUGGACAGCUUGUGUUGGAUCUACACAGUUUUUGUGACUGAGAAACUGGUGUCAAGGCCUGCGCAUUGAUGUAAAGUUUUUGGAACUCACCAAGCCAUUGGGGAAGGGGGGCGGGGCGGAAGGGAGACUUGGGUCCCAUCCUUCCCCAUCUUUUUCCAAAAAUAAAAUUUGGGAAAAAGUUGAAAUAACAUGCAAUACUUCCUUGUCAAACAUGAAAUCCUUUUAUUACUUUAAGACUGUUAUUCUGUGGUCCCUAGGGGCCAUCUCAGGAGUCAUCAGAUUAUUAGGAUCUCCCUCUCUAGUUGCUUGGAAAGAAGUCCACCUUUGAUAGGGGUACAUAAUUUCUUGAGCCUCUCGAAUAUAGUGGCACUCCACAGCCUGUUGCCCUUUGGUCAGAAAUGCCACAUUGGAAAUGUCAAAAAGAAAGUGUUCUACAAGUAUUUCAUAGGCAUUCUGGGAGAGACUAUGGACUUACAAAACUGUCCCAUGCCUCUUACACCAAAAAGGGGCAGAACUACAACAAUUUGGGAAUUGGUGUCCUUCAUUUCUCUCCCUCUGGCAUCAAUUAUAGAGGAGAAAGGUUUUUUUAGAAAUGAAAAGUGAAAUGAAAUGGCCAAACAGAUGGAAAAAAGAAAGGGAGGUUGGUUGGUUGGUAGACACACCUAUCUACUUACCUUCCUUUCACCCUGUCUGAAAAAGCCAACAGACCAUUGAAAAAGACAGGUUCUCCGCCUCUUUUCCUUCUUGUAUUUUUAAAGCUGGCGGACAAAAUUAUACAGUUAUGGUAUAUUUAUACCAUGUUAACUAGAACCUUAAUUUUGUUCAAGCCAUCAUUUCAAAUACCUCUAAGGUAAGAAAUUAAGGUGCUUAUUACUCACUCUAAUUCACUUCAAGUUAGAGAAAAUAGGAGUAAACUAAAAAUUAUAGUGAUGGAAUGUAGAAAUCAGAAACUUAUUAUCAAGAGUAAAAUAGAGUGGCCUUGAUCCAGAGAAACAUGAAACUAGUUCUGCAGCCUCUGGAGGGGCGGGCGGGGGAUUCAGCCUUGUGGCAAGCAAGGAGCAAGAAUCAGAAGGUCUGUACAGGGUAGCAUUUUGCCACAGCUGCAGGACCAAUAUUCUUGACAGAUUGAAAAAUUGAAGUCUUUCUGUAUUCUGCAACAUUUAGCAGAACUUCCCAACAUCUAAAAGUGUUCUUUAGUAAUCCAGCGCAUCUUAAUUGCAAUUAUAUAAUCACUAAAUUAUUUUCUUUUAUAUCUUAAAAUAGAUCUAAGUUUUUUUUUAAAAGUCAGGACUAGACAGUACAUGCAUUAUUUUAAAUCACCUUUUUUCAUUCAUUGUUACAAAAGUGAAAAUAUUUCCUAAUAGUUUUUAAAAUUCAAAUUUCCUCCAAAUUUGUGAUUUUUCAAUUUCUGAUGUUGGAAAGGAAAGGAGAAUUUUCUCCCUUGAGCUUUAUCUCCCGAUACACAUUCCCUACUCCAUAUCUCUAGUGUAAAUUUCCCACUUCUUCUGAUGAAACCCAACUUGACAGAAAAAGCAAUGUUAGAUUAUUUUUCAGCAUCUUUGUUCAGUCAAUAGCAUGAUAUUCUAAACCCUGGGCUGGCUUCAGGAUUUGCUUUCCAUUAAUAGAAGCACUCUUUCAAUCCAUAAAACAUUUCCAUGUCAGUGCUGCAACAGUGAAGGAUAUGUUUGCCCAUUUGUUCUUCUCCCUAUGGACCCCUUUUUGCCAGCUGUAAACCUACAGUUGGGGGGUGGGAUGUCCUGCAGUUGGCAAAAUAUGUCCUCUACCUUCCUUUUUGUCAAUCAGAGCAUCCUGAGUUGAAAUUUGCUCAGGAAGUGCUUCUGUGGGCCCAUUCCUCCUCUUUUCUUCUCAUUGUAAUAGUCUUCUUGAGGGAUUAUAAUUGUCCAUCCAAACUUAAAACAAGACUGCUUUGGAAGUUUGAAUGUGACAACGAAAAUUUUCCAACUGUUGUGGGUGGCCAGUUUUGGGGCUUCAGCUGUAUCAGUUCAUUCAUACACCACUCCCUUAAAGUGAGCCCCUGUCAGUAUAGGCAAUGAACAGGAUUGUACAACCUGUGACAUGACCUGUAGAGUUGGGGAGUGUGGGGGAACUGCCCUAAUUUAUUUCUUUUUCUUUUUCUUUGAAGUGAACUGCCUAUCAGUUUUGCUUUGGGUAGCAUGUUCCAGAGCAAUAAAAGUAAUUCUUACCCAACAAAAAGCAGAUGUGGUGUCCAAAGUCCAGUUUGUCCCCACUGGUUACUAAUAACUGGAGGCCGGAAGGAAUACACAUUGGCCUAACAGAAAAGCAAUGUCAUGAGUAUUUUUAGUCCAUAUAUCCAGGUCCUCACCUUGAAGAACAAGGACACAGUCACUAGCCCUGUCUUUUCUGUUGUAUUCAUGUCAUGAGGCUUCACCAUACUCUUAAGUAUCAAAAUAGUAUGAAAUAUGCAUGGAGUCUUCUCUAUAGAAGCAGACUUCUUGCAUGAGAUGCCACCUGGAUCCCAUCUCCAAGACUCUAGAACCUGACAAUAGGGACGCAACCAGGUGGGAGACUGAGUGUACCUCUGCCUCCCAUAUACUGUUCUUAUUGCAUGAGGACUAGAAUGCCUGUAUGUGGCUCUUGUUGAUUCCUAGAACUAUAUAGCUCAGAUUAUUGGAGCAAGGUGGAACAGUAAACUUGGAGAGGGGAAAAUAUGUGUGUCUUCCAUCCAUACUUCCAAGGAGAUAAUUGAGUCAGUUUGUUACGGCAAAAGCAAUUAAAAGUCUUGGGACACCUUAAACUUUUCUAAAUUGUAAACCCUUUACAGUCCACUUCUUUGGCUUUUGUAGACUGUAGCUCACUGUUUCAUCUGAAGAAGUCAGCCACAAUCCAGAGAAAUUUAUACCAGGAAGCUUGUUUGUCUUUAAGAUGCCACAAGAUGUCUCACUCAAUUAAUAUGGAUAUAUUUUAAAAAUCCCAUAGGUGGGCAAUAAUACCAUUAUGAGAAUUCACAGUGAUUCCACAAUGGUGAACAAACUUUAGAGAUUCCCAGAAUUCUUCAACUAGGCUCAUUGAUUUUAAAAAAAGGAGAAGGGGUGGAAGAGAGGUGUGGAAGUGCAAAGAAUUAGCUAGAUGCUUCUGUUAUGGGAUGUGCUGUUAAACGUCCUCCCAAAAUGGAGAUUGUAGGCUUCAUGAAUCUCCAGUAGGCAGUGGCAACUGAUGGCCACAGUGUUGGUGUGCUGUGAAUUAGAGAAGGGCACAAACCUUCAGUUCAGUGGUUCAGCACAGUUUGUAUCCUGGAUGAGUAGCUGAUCAGCUCCAAGUGGGCACCUGUUGGAGGGAGCAUGGCGGUGAACUGCAGAUCAUCUGUUCAGAAGGCAGACAAACUGCAUUGAACUGCUGAACGGUUUGUGUCCAUCUCUACUAUGAAUCCAUCCUGGAUUUUAGUUUGCACUUUACAGGAGUUGUCCAAGGCGCUGAAUCUAUUUUAGAGAUAAUGUUUAGCAUCUUGGAGAGCUCUUUUACAAUGCAGAAAAAAAAUCCAGAGUGGAUUUGCAGUACCUCCAAAACUAGGGUCACCAUCUUCCACUGCUAAUAGAGUACAUGCUGGUUUCAGAUCUUACCUAUUAUGCCUGCUGGGAUGGAGACGAAACAGUAGAUCUCUGAAAAUACAAUGGUGCCUGUUUUCAAAUAUGCAUAUCCACCAUUUCUUCUCCAUUAAAACACAUACUUCUGGGUAUAAUCUGAUACCUACAUAUGUACUAUGGGUGCAUCAUGGCUGUAAUGUCCAUUUUUGAGAUUAGCAACUCAUGGCUGAAACAAACAUUUUUGUGGGCUUCCAUCCUUCUUUGUUUCUCUGUCCCAGAUUUUAUAACCCAGCUAUCCUGAUGAAGAGUACUGGAGAACUUCAAAGCUCAUGUGGAAUUGUUGGCCUCCAACAAAGGCAUUUUUUGCAUGUGUAUAUUGCAUUUUGUUUUGUUCUUGUGGACUAACAUGGCUACCUCUGUCUAUGGAGACAUAAUUAUUAUAGUUCAAUGAUCAAUAAUAUACUCUUUAAAAAUUGUUCCCAGUAUUCUCUCUUGGUUCUUUAAUAAUAUAAUGAUGCUCAAGAAACAGAACCUGCCAUGGGGUUGUGUAGAACAGCAAGAUGUGAAGCCCAGAGAUUCUAUUCUGCUUGAAAACAAUGUGGGCAGUGUUCCUGAAUAAGUCCUUGGGGAGCCUACGAAACAUGUUGACCUCUUUCUUUUCUGAAGAAGAAGAGCAAACUACUAUGCAAGAUGGGCGAAAAUAGCAGCUGUUGUUAGACUGCAGCUUCCAGUGGCUUCCACCAGUGUAGCUAAUGGUGAAAGAUGGUGAAAGCCGCAGUCCAACCCCUGGAUGGCCACGUGGUCUCCAUUUAGGAAAUCAUCAGAAAACUUAAAACAUUUCUUAACUCCUCUCACUUAAAAAUGUUUAUGCAAGUACAGAGCCUGGAAAGUUAUGGAAAAUUGUGGCUCUUUCCAAUGAGUUCUGCUAUUACUAGGCCACACUUGUCUGCAUACCUUCUAAUUGUUCCAGUUGUUAUACUAUUAUGUCUCUGGGAAAUGUGUAUAUUUGAACUCUUUGUACAUAUUCUAAUACACUGUGGGCGCCUUAUUCAAAUGUUGAUAGUAUGUAUUAGAAUUAGCCGCUUCUGGAUUCAACUUUUCCUCCAAGUCCCUAUAACUCUAAGUUUACAAUGAUUAUCCAUGUAUAUAAAGGGUGGAGAGCUGUUGUCCUCCACAUGUUACCAAACUAAAAUUCCUAGGACCCCUUACUGUGGCCCAUGCUGACUGUGGGGGUUGGAACUGAACAUUAUCUGGCAGGUCAGAGCCCUAAGACAAGGUGCUAUACCAGGCAGUGCACAGGCUCCAGUGCUGUUGCCACCAAGGCAUAUGCACCAUAUUGGAGGUGGAGGGCUUGCAUAGUUAUAUUGUCCUAUGAGAACAGAAAUGUGUGCUCCAGCUUUCAUCAGUGAAAUAAUGGUGGUUGUGCAUGCAUGCUCAUUUGUGUAUAUGUACAUGCGUGUGUGCACACAUAGUCUAUAUUUUAAUAUCUAUUUCCCCCCCUCAAGGAACUUCCAUACUUUAAAUUAGAUCAUUUAAAAUCAUUUGUACAAGCUGAAUUUGAAUAGGACAGCCUUGUGAUCACCUCUCUCAAUUAUAUGUUUGGAAAAGAAUAGAAUCUGGUUCCUUUUAUGUAUUUUUAGAUAUUAGGCAGCAUAUUUCUACUGUUGUUUUAAUAUAUUUGUACUGUACCUUUUAUCACCCAGGUGCAUGUUUUAAGAUUACUGGGCAGAUGGAAGUGUUUUUUU